CAGAAGGUAUUUUUUUGUACUCCUUUAGACAUCGUGCAGCUUGAAUUAUUUAGACAAAAAUUUUGUAUAUAUUUUUUUUCGUUUUUUUGAUCAAAAUAUUCUGUUAGAAAAACACAUUUAUUUAGUUACAAAACUAGUGCUUACAAUCGAAAAUUAAUAUGGCCGCUCCUGUACGUGCUAAUAGAGCCUCCAUGCUGAGGGCUGGGGGAAGAUCUCAAAGGCCCGCCGUUGGCACUUGGGCUCCUGCUUCCACACGAUGUAGCACCUUUGCAGCCCCUCCCAUUGUGAGUCCUGGCUCAGCUUUGAACAGUCGUAGCCGCGACAAAAUUGCCAACAGUCGCGUUCCGAUCAGUCGUAUUCCGAUCCGCCGAACUCCGGAUGCACAAACGCGGAACACAUCCCCAGCCAGGGGAAAUCCUUUGAAAGGACCCUCCACCGUAAGUUCUUGUUCCUUGCCCGACAAGAAAGCUGAAGAUGACAAGGCGUCUAAGCAAAGCGCUACUCCACCGCGACUGACUUUCCUUACCCAGCUAAUGGCGGCCAAAAAAAAGAAAUUAGGUACAAAGCCAGACCGAUCGCAUCAACGGGUCAUCGAAUUGAACAGAAUGCGGGCCUUCGAGUCGCAGAAAAAGAAACUGGAGCACCUGCAGUCGGAGUUCAUGCACAAACUUCGCUCCAUGGGUCCGACUUUUCAUGGUAAGGCCGAAUACAAGUUUGUGGCCGUUGUCAUCAACGACGAAUGCAAAGUCGUGGUCAACCAGGACGAUCUUCUGCGAUUGCCCAAGAACCUGCCUACUGAGAGUAUCAACGACUUGAAACAUCGCUGUCGUGCCAUAGUCGAUUUAGGUUUCGUAAUAUUCUACGACUACAUACCUUUCAUUCAGAAGGCCAAGAAUGAGUUCGAGGCUCGUGAGAAACGCGAGGAGAUUCGAACCAAGUUGUCCUCGAUGUUGAACAAGAAAAUGAACUCCCUUGCGGUUGAGAUCGAUCAGUUGUGUGGACCCGGCGCCAAUCGGCCCGAGGCAACCAAUAAUCAUCUCUAUCGCGAGAUGGCGGAGCUGCGAUCGCAGAAGCAGCACAUGGAGGCCCGAUACUUCGAUACCAAGAAGGAGCACUGCGAGGAGAUGAACAAACUGAGGGACGAGUACGAGCGAAAGCUGGCUGUCCAGCUGGGCAGCCGGGAUCAGACCAUCACUGAGCUGAGGAACAGCCUGCGGAAGAGCGAGGACCUGGUCAGCGAGCAAUCCAUUCGGCUGGCCGAGAAGAAUGCCACGCUGAUUAACGAAGAUGGAACUAUCGAGGAGCUGCGUUCCGAGAUGGCCACGGUCAAGUCGGCCAACCAGCGGAUGCUUCAGCGCUUGGAAGAGGCGGAUGUUGGCCUGGAACGUGCCCGCAGUUCCGUUGAGAAGCACUUGGGAAAGAUCACCUAUUUGGAGGGCGAACUGCAGGAGGCUCGCGAGCUCAUUGUCGCUCUGCAGAAGCGUCCGGAUGUCAUGGACAAGGGCAUUAUGGAAAAGGACCUGAUUAUUGCCGAUCUGAAGCUGCAGCUUCAGAAUAUCGAGCAGCACAAGAAUGUGCUAAGCAAGCAGGUGGCAAAUGCCCUAAAAAAUCAAUCCGACUGUGAGGAUUUGAGUGCGAAAUAUAAGAACGCGGUGGUGCAAAUAAGCGAUCUUAAAGAGGCCCUUAAGAUCACCACCACCAAAUCGGAUUUCCAUUCGAAAGCCGAGGAGCAGUUGCGCAAGGAGAUGGCCAAGAUGCGUGAGCAGAUGGAUAUCGAUAAGCAGAUGCUCAAGGCUCGCAGCGAUCUGAUCAACAGUCUGCAAAAGAACGAGCUGGAGAACCGCACCAAACUGGACCAAAUGUACUAUCAAAUUAGCGAGAAAGACACGCAAAUCAAUCAGGUGAACAACCAGCUGGCCUCGAAGGUCGAGGAGUUCCGCAAUCUCUUCGGAACUCUGACCGAGAAACAGACAGAGGUAAGGAGGCAGGAGCAUGUCAUCCAGUUGCUGAAGGAGCAAAACUCGAGGGUUUCCCUGACGCGAGCCAGUCAGGAUGAGCGGAAUGCCGCCAUGGAGGAGGAGAUCAAAGUUCUCAAGAAGAACGUUCGUGAUUAUGCCAAGAUUAUAAUGGGCAAUAAUGGUCGACCAUUCUUUGAAGUAGUGCCAGCUGGCGAAGCUGAGAGCAGCGGGAGCAGUGGGAAUCCAACCACUGGUAAUGACACCACCUGUGAGUUACUGCAGAGACCCCAUCACUCCAAUCCGCAAGAGCAGGAAGUGUCCGAACCACAUGGUAGAUUCUUUGAACCACUGCAGCACAGCCUGUUGCAUCAUGGACAACGGAAUCUCAGCCCCAGGCAUUCAACACCCCGCUCUGGUCAGCUACAUCAUCCUCGAAACCGUCAUCAUCAUCAUAGUCCUUCGACUCCUCAGUCUUCUGUUCAAUCGCAACGUCACCAGCAAUCUCGAGGCCAUCAUUAA